AUGGGUGUCGGUCGGGUCAUCUGCGUGGCGCUGCCAUUCAUCCUCACCGUCGGCUCUCUCAUCUUCCUCAUGAUCGCUGCCCUCGGUGGCGUCUCCAACAAGGACCUGUACAUGUUCCGUGUCAACCUCACAGACUUGGAAGUCAGCCCGGCCUCGGUAUCAAGUAUAGUAUCGAGAGACGCCAGUGCUGUCAGCUUCGGUACUCUCCACAGCCGCGCUCCACAGGCUGCCACCGACGGUACCCAGACGAGCAACAUCACCGCCGCCGACCUCGGCCUGAACAACCUCUACGACAUCGCUCUUUGGGGCUACUGCACCACCGGCACCGACGGCAGCAAGACCUGCACCAAACCCAAGUUCGACUGGGCUUCCGACUACCUCAACACUUCUACCCUCGAGGCCAUCGGUACCGCUGCUGGCCGUAAGAUUGAACUGCCCAAGGAGGUGAAGACUGCUCUUUCCGCCUUCAAGACCGCCACCAAGUGGACCCAGGUCGCCUAUAUCAUCGCAUUCAUCGCUCUGGGUCUCGAGAUCGUCUUCGGCAUCUUCGCCAACUGCACCCGCGCCAUGUCCUGCAUCACCUUCCUCGUCGCCUCGGUUGCUUCCCUCGCCGUCUGCGCUUCCGCCGCCCUGUCCACCGCCAUGUCCGUAAUCGUUGUCGGCGCCGUUGAGGGCACCGCCAGAUUCUACGGCGUCUCUGCCGGCUUCAACAACAGCUACCUCGCCCUCGUCUGGGUCUCUGCCGCCAUGGCUCUCGGCGCCGGCUUCUUCUGGAUGUUUACCAUCUGCUGCUGUGCCCCCAACCACACCAAGAAAUCCAAGCGCAACAGCGACGGCGAGAAGCUCCUGCCCCAGACCGCCAGCUAUCAACCCAUCCACGAGGACAACGGUUAUUACAAGCAGCAGCAAGCCGCUCAGUACGGUGCUCCCCGCUACGCCAACGGCGCCCGUGGUGAUAUGGCCUACGAGCCCUACUCUCACCGGCCUUAA